GUCCAAGCGUUUAGCCGUGGUUCUAUUUUGACCCGGAAGUGAAAUAUGAGUGACCCUAUUACGGACAACCAGAUCAGUUGUUUGGUUGACCUGCCGUCUUUUGUUUCCUGAGUACACAAGCUUCUACAUCGGGGUGCCUACAUCAAGCGGACACUAGAUACAGAUAGUAGCAGCUGUUAAAAUACUUCCCUACCAGUUGUAUCCGAUUAGUGCCCCAAUAAUGCACCCUUUACUCUUGAGACACUGGAGGCCCGCUACAUUUUAUGUUCGCCGUCUUCAAGUCAGCGCCUUUUGUACAAGUACUGGUAGCUCAAGGCCAUCUGUUUCUUGUUUAGAAAAGUUCCUGCAUGCUUCUGAGGUCAGACAUGUGGCUACCACAAGGUCCCGAAGUUUUUCGAGUGUUAAAAAUCCCGGCAUACUGAAGAGCAGGUUUCCAGAUGGCAACAUUCCUGGGAACGAGACCUUGACCCAGUACGUCACACAACACUUUGAUGACUAUGGGAACGAUGUCGCAAUCAUAAACGGUGUUACCGGGGAGAGUUACACUUAUCUGCAGCUGAAAGACUUGAUUAGACGCUUCGGCAGCGCCCUCACGCGAUUGGGAUUCAAACAGCAUGACGUGUUGGCUGUCUUCAGUCCGAACGUGCCAGAAUACGCCAUAGCGUUCUUCGGGGCUACGUCAGUGGGUGGCGUGGUAACCACUGCAAACCCAACGUACACAGCAGAUGAGCUGGCACACCAGUUGAGACAUUCCAAUGCUCAUUACGUCAUCACAGUACCGGAAGUGGCGGAAACUGUGAAAGCAGCCAAAUACAAAUGUCCAAACGUAAAAGAAAUCUUCGUCAUCGGAAGUGACGUACCAGAAUGCCGAUCUUUCUCCGAACUUCUUGAAGAUGACGGCUUGGCCUUUCCUGCAGACGUGCCCGUGAACGUGACGGAGGACGUGGCGGUACUGCCGUACUCCAGCGGUACCACGGGGUUGCCGAAAGGAGUGGUUUUGACCAACAACAACAUCGUCGCCAAUCUCAGACAAAUCAUACACAAGGGGAUGCUAGAAUUUAACCGCCAUGAGGACAGCCUGAUCGCACAGUUGCCGUUCUUCCACAUCUACGGGAUGGUAGCCGUGCUGUCCUGCUGUCUCCGGCAGGGAGUCAAAAUCGUCACCAUCCCACGGUUUGAGCCCGAGCUGUACCUGCGCGUCAUUCAAGACUACAAGGUAAACCGGGUGAUGAUGGUUCCUCCUAUAGCUCUGUUCCUGUCCAAACACCCGCUAGUGGACCAGUACGACCUGUCUCAUGUGAAGGAUCUGAUGUGCGCUGCAGCACCGAUGGGUAUAAACCUCACCAUGGCUCUGCGGGAUAGACUGAAUCCUCAAUCUCUAAGACAAGGUUACGGACUAACCGAGACUAGCCCUGUCACACACCUCUGUAUGGAAGACGAGUUCGCACCUGGAGCAGUCGGUGUCAUCAUACCAAACACGGAGAUUAAGGUGAUCCAUACCGAGACUGGGGUGGCUCUCGGUGAGGGAGAGGACGGGGAAAUCUGUGUCCGCGGACCGCAGGUCAUGAAAGGCUACUUAAACAACCCUGAAGCAACAGCGGGGUGUAUCGAUGCUGAAGGCUGGUUCCACACAGGUGAUAUUGGACAUUACGAUGACAAGGGGUACUUCUACAUCGUUGAUCGACUAAAGGAGCUUAUCAAGUAUAAAGGGCUACAGGUCGCACCUGCAGAUCUAGAGGCUGUUCUGCUUGGCCAUCCCGGGGUGCAGGACGUGGCCGUUAUCGGGCUGCCCGAUGACGAGGCCGGGGAGGUGCCCAAAGCGUUUAUCGUCAAAAAGACAGAUGAUGUCACGGAGCAAGAGAUCGUAGACUAUGUCGCAGGCAAAGUGGCACCAUUCAAGAAGUUACGUGGCGGAGUCGAGUUCGUGAAAGAAAUUCCAAAAUCUGCCAGUGGGAAAAUCUUGCGGAGGACACUCAGGGACAAGUCUAGAAUCUAAUUGACUUUCUUUUUUAACUGGCCCUAUGCGUUUAUAUCGAAAUGCAUAAGAUAGGAGCUAGUCUUGUGACUUGUUGGCUUUACUGUUAAGGUUGUGUAUGUUGGAAGCCGACGACAAUUAAAAUUGAUAAUGUGACGUGGUUACAGUAUGGUUACAACACAGUAAAAUACAUUUUGUUCUAUAUAACAAAGAGCAUUGCAAAAAUAUCUGCAUUUUAGAUUCAAUUUUCAAGGCGACUAAAGGAAAACAACAGAAAUUACACAAGGUCUACCUCCAGACUCCAAUUUUUAAAACACCGCUGAAAUGCGUUUUCAAUGAAUCAUGUAUGCUAUGAUUAAGAAAAAAUGAUUGUCAACAUAUGUGAAAUGAUGUUCAAAAUAUUGAAAUGAAUGUCUUCACGGGUCACGCAAAGACAUUGCAUACAAGUUACAUCUAAUGGAAAGCGUUACUUAUCUGGUAGAUAAAGUGAUGGUUCUAUAUACUUUCAGUAAAUCAAUAUAAAUGCACUCUAAAUAUAUUACAAUGCGUAUCAAACUACAAUCUAUGCUGUAAACACAUGACCCAUAGUGAUAUUGAUAUAGUUCUUUGUUUCAAGCUUGUUGAGGUGGGCGAACGUCCUUUUGGAUUUGAUUUUUCUUACACAUUGUUAACCAUGAAGCGGCAUUCAGAAUCGAUUUAGUUUUAUGAAC